AUGGCAGACAAAUACCAACCGGAGGUCCAGCAAGGAUACCCUUUGGCCCCGGCGACGGUGGUCCCGAGGAGCGACGAGGAAUACGGGCGCUACUCCAGCCAAUCGGAGGCGGAGAUGAAGAAGAAGAAGAAGAGGACGAAAUGCAUUGCAUACAUCGCGAUUUUCGCAGUUUUCCAAGUGGCAGUGAUCCUAGCUUUCUCCCUCACCGUGAUGCGCGUGAGGACGCCAAAGGUGAGGCUGGAGAAUAUCGUCGUCACCUCCAGCCCUACCUCGAGCGACCUUCGGUUGAGCGCGCGGAUCACGGUGAAGAACACCAAUUUCGGGCGCUUCAAGUAUGAGAGUACGCUGGCUAGUAUUAGGUCUGGCAACGGAGGAGGGCCGGUGGUGGCGCAGUUUGCGAUCGAGGAGGCGCGUGCGAGGGCGCGUUCGACUAAGAAGAUCAAUUUUGUAGCGGAUUUGGGAAGCAGCGGCAGUGGGAAUGCAGGGACGAUGGAUUUUGUGGUUGAGGCGAGGAUGAGAGGGAAGGUGGAGCUGAUGAGGGUGAUCAAGAGGAAGAAGACGGCGGAGAUGGCUUGUAACUUCACUGUUGUUUUGGCCAAUAAUGGUGUGCAGAAUUUGAGAUGCAAGUGA